CGGGCGAUUUUUUUUGCUCUAAUUUACAUAUUCUUUAGAAGUAGGCCCUUCAAUGACUUAGCUGCUCAGUUUUUGUGCAGUUUUGGCCCAAUAUAGGCUGGGAAAUUGCAUUUUUAGGUUGUUUUUGGAUUCGGUGUUUUAUCGGAAAAAUACAGUUCAAAAAAAAAACAUCCAUACUUUCACUUGUCCACUUUGUAGAUUCAAGAUUAAGGCUAACACUUGAAUGUUUGAAAAUGGUUGGUAAUAUAUUGAGGUUUACCAGGCACUUUUCGAGCUUUUCAGCUUUGAAAAGGCAUCAUGAUUUCAAAGAGUUCGAAACAAUGUUUAAGCAAAGGUUUACCCCAAAGAAGGGUGUGACAAUAAAAGAAGCAACGCUGAUUGAAUCAAUUCAUGAUAUUAUAAAGUUUAGGUCACAUUGCAAGAAGAUUGAUGCUCCGUCAGUGGACGGCCUAUUCAAUGAAAUAGUUGAAGCUCCAAACUUUAGAGUUGAUGAAAAAGGGUUGAAAAAGCUUUUGUUGAUGAAAUUACCAAUCGAGAACACAUUAAGUCUUAUUAAAUCGUAUAAUGUGAAGAAUCCAAGCUCUGUUAUAUCAAAAGAAACUGCAAUGAUUCCAUUGCGUAAAUGCUUAUGGGAUGGUGAUGUUGAUGGUGCAAUAAAAAUUGUUGAUCUCACCACUGGAUCUGAUAAAUAUAUUUCAAAGAAAAAGUUUGACCACGGAAAGGAUCUUUUCAAAUAUUUUGGAGGGUUUGUGGGAUCAAUUGGUGUUGUAGAUUUUGGGCUAAGAUCAGUUGGGGUGGAACCAAUGAUGGGGAUGUAUGCUAUGUUUGCCACAUAUGUUUUGAAUAUGACAUUCUUCGCAACAAUGGCAUUUAGUGGGAAAAUCGCUGGUAAAAGUGACAAUCUUCAAUUUGUGCAAGGUAUUCCUCAAACGUAUAGAGUACUUCACUCUGAUGAACUUGAAAUGCUUUCCCGUACUGCAGAAGUAGAUGCCAUAGUAAAUGGUGUUGAUAAUUUUGCUAGUGCAGAAUUUGUUGAAAAAAUAUCUGGGAAAAAUCUUGAAUUAAUUGAGCCUGAAAGUCAAAUUUUACUUCAAGAAUACUGGCUUUCCGGAGGUGAUAAUUUUGAAUGGGUUGAACCUGAUCAAGACCCUGCUGAACUUUUAUGGAAACAAAGGUUACAAAAGCUCAACCCUAAAACUAUCAAGGCUGAUACAAAGUGGACUGAAAAAUUGAUUGAAGCCAAAAGAGAUGGGAACUCAGAAAUUAAAAAUUCAAUUGCAUGAUAAUUUGGAUAUUUAUUUAUUAUUUAUUAUUUAUAAAAUUUAUUUAUUUUCUCUACGACUUAAUUAAUGUCAUCAUAUCAUAAUAUUAAGUAUAUACAGGCUUCAACUCGCUGAUCUUCACUCC